AUGUCCAAAUUCAAUUUCCCUCCUCCAAAUGAGGUGUUUCAGGGAAUGGCGCAGGAUGAAGGCGAGAUGGAGAGACUUUGGAACUUCUUAAAUGAUCCUCUGGAAGUCCCCCCUGCACUGACAAUAUCUGGAAAUAAUGGUUUUUGGAGGAACAAGCUGGAGGAUCGUACAAGUUAUGUACUGGAUGCAGACUUAGACGACCCUUGGAGCAUGCAUGAACACCCGCCAGCAACCUCUCCACUCCCAGACACCCAGGCAAACAGCACAUCUAACCAGUCAGCCACAGUCAAACCAGAUGUGUCAGUCAAUCCAUCUGACACAUUGUCCCCACCUGAUCCAUCUGGCAUGUCGCCCCCACUUGAUCCAUCUGGCACGUUGCCUCUAACUGAUUUAUUGCAAGGUGCACCAAAAAAGGCUUUUAAUAUAUUCAGUGGCGCAUCAGGUGCGUCUAUCCCUCUCAUUGACAGAGCAACACUCCCUUCUGGCAGUGUUCAUCCUAUAGAGGGGCAAUUGGCACAGGGCAAUAGUGCAACGUGGGCCUCACGCAAUCCCACUAGAAGGACAUUACCUGUUCGCCCUCCUCCACAGCCACUUACUGAUGCUGCAAAGGCCUCGAGAAGUAUUGUGAGGAAAGUAAAAAACAACAUGCUCAAGAAGCUCAAUGAAGACAUCAUUACAUUUGUAAAAGAGCAAAAUAAUAAAAUUACGGACAUUGCCAAAAAUCAUGAUGUAAAGGUGGAAAAGGUUAAGAAUAUGGUAAUUGCAUACACUCACUACACAAAGGCGCAAAAAUUACAGCUUCACAAUGCUAUAUUACAUGCCAAAGCAUUAGAAAUAAAUCCAAGUACUGUUACGCACGAAGUGCUUAACAACGUCUGA